AUCUAAAUUCAUUGUUUCCAAUUUCAACAAUAGUUGACUUUGGCAAUCCCGUUCUCAAAUAGCUCUUAUUCCAUAUGGCAAUCAGCCCUGGAACAGGACCUUCCUCUCAUUUUGCAGUCUUUUUUACAGUUUUGGACGUUGACUGUUCCGCGACAGUUACGGACUUUGACAUCAGCCCACGAAUGAUCACUAACAAACCAUCUUAAAGAGGACGAGAAUAUACAUGAUGGACCAAGACACACAACAAUUACGCGUCGAAUCCCCGAAAUCCAUUGAUCAAGAUGUCACGAUGGAGGGCAUGUCUGUCAAAGAUGUCGUUUCAAUGCCGCCGGCACCAAAACUCUCAUACACACUCCAGUUCUCAUCAGAGAGCUCAGUCAUCCUGAACCGUCUCAAGAGCGAUUCCCAAACAGACGGUAAUGGGAAUGCCAGAGAGAACGUCGUCGCGCACUUGAAAGACACAUUGACUAUGCCGACACCUACUAAAGCCAAAGGCCAAUCCUCACUAUCACUCUCUCUCAAUGCAGGUGUGAAACGAAAACGAGAAGAGCCGUCGGAAAAGAUUGAUCUGACUCAAAGUACUAUCCCUUUCCCAUGGAAAGGCCCCUCUCCAAAUCAAAAAGCUACUAUCGAGGCUCAGCAUACCAGGGAGGAAACCCGAUGUUCAAUGUGUGAUGGUUCUGCUCAAGUUUCCUCCUUAGUCACAUGCAUCAGAUGUCUUGCAUCUUGGCAUCAAAAGUGCCAUUCUCCUUUGAUCAGGGAUGAGGAUAUGUCUUCUGCAAACUUCACCUGUGCGGGCUGCAUUGCGGGCAGAGAGCAGACAGUCAAGCUCAGAGGCAGAGUUAGCCAGCAGCGGCAACAUGAGAUCGAUCGGCUUCGACGAAAACGUCUGUCUGCUCUCCCCAAGGGCGUUGUUCCUGCAAAACCUCAUCUUGUGGGGUUUGGUGCUGGCCGGGCUUCGGAUAUCUCACGAGCAGAAUACUUUGAAUCGAUGCCAAAGACGGAUCUCCUUAACAUUUUAUCGUUAUGCGAUCAGCUGAAGCCAAACCUUCUUGUUGAUGUACUUGUAUCAAUCUCAAAACGGCAUCCUGAAAUGCCCAUGUUCGAUUCGCCAGACUGGGUCAGUCAAUUAUUAAACACCUCUCGCCCUCCUAAAACAAAGCAUGACGAGAAACCUCGACAUGGUCAUGUCCUUGUCAACAGAGCAGCAAAGCCGAAGCAAAAGACUACGAAGAAGAUCCUCAAACGCACUCGGGUCAUAGAAGUCAUUACAAGUGCGCCAGAGGAAGAUAAUGUUGAUAUUCUGCCGCCAACUUGGGCAAAGGCUGGCCAGGGGUUAUACUCCCAAUUACUACCUGACACGGAAGACAGGUCACUUCUCAUGGAUGAGAACGACGAAGAAUCGUUCAGUCACUUUUUGGUCGAUGGAGCUGGGCGUCAGAUCAUGGAACCUGUGGGUGCUUAAUGGGAAAAGAGCAGGCGCUGG